AUGUCGACGACUUCCAUGUCCAAUGGGGCGACCUCCUCCCAGGUCCUGCGGGCUCGGCAGCUGAAACCCAAGGCGGAGGACCAUAACCUCCCUCCGUCUCCUGAAAAAGUUGCAACAGAGGCGUCAAGUGGCACGUCGACACCCGUCCCCGACGAUGCUCCCCCGUCCGUCCGGUCGAUUUCCUCGGCGCGCAAGCAGGUUCGAGCGCGCCAUCGUCUCUUCCAUACGAUCAACUAUGUCCCCCGAGUCUCCCACUUCGAUCCUCGGAGCGACUAUCACAACUUUCGGGGGUUCUUCACCCUGUUCUGGAUUGGCCUCUUCAUCAUGGUCGUCACCACGGUGCUCCGCAACAUCAAGGAUACCGGUUAUCCGUUACGGGUGAAGGUCUGGAGCUUGCUGACGGCCAAUGUCUGGCAACUGGCUUUGAGUGAUCUGGCUAUGGUCGUUAGUACGGUCGUGGUGUUACCUUUACAGCGCCUGAUGCGGACCAGCAAAGGAUGGCUCCGCUGGUCCCGGGGAGGCAUGGUGAUCCAGAGCCUUCUCCAGUUGGCGUGGCUGACCCUGUGGAUUAAAUGGCCCUUCAUGUUGCACUGGACCUGGACGGCCCAGGUGUUCUUCACGCUACAUACGUUGACCAUGCUCAUGAAGAUGCAUUCGUAUGCAUUCUACAACGGACAUUUGAGCGAAACAGAACGGCGCCUCUCCGAACUGGACCAGCCUGACUCGGCCUCGGCGUCGAUGGCGGCGGCGGUGCGGUACCCCAGCUCGACGGUUCGGGAGAGCAACAUGGAGGAAGUCUUCGAGCUAAAACACCAGGAGCCGCUCUCCAGACUCCGAGAAGAUCUGGCCACAGAGCUCACAUCUCCACUGGGGCAUGUGACAUAUCCCCAGAAUCUCACCCUGGCCAACUUUGUGGAUUACUUGUUCUGCCCCACCCUGUGCUAUGAGCUCGAGUACCCCAGAACGAAAGAAAUUCGCUGGUCGGAGGUCUUUUUGAAGACGUUGGCAGUGUUUGGGUGCAUCUUCCUGUUGACGCUCACGAGCGAGGAGUUCAUUUUACCGGUUCUGAACGAGGCCAGUGGAAGGCUGGCAACAGUCGGAAGCGUCUCGGAGAAGGCAUUGAUUCUGGCCGAGACGACCAGUAUGCUUUUGUUCCCGUUCAUGAUCACCUUCUUAUUGGUCUUCCUGGUGAUCUUCGAGUACGUGCUGGGUGCGUUCGCGGAGAUCACCCGCUUUGCAGACCGCCACUUUUACUCGGACUGGUGGAACUCCUGUGACUGGCUCGAGUUCUCUCGCGAGUGGAAUAUCCCCGUUCAUCACUUCCUUCGACGGCACGUCUACUUCUCUUCCAAGACAUAUUUCUCACCUCCUGUGGCCAUGUUCAUCACUUUCCUCGUGAGCGCGCUGGCUCACGAGUUGGUGAUGAGCUGCAUCACGAAGAAGCUGCGAGGAUACGGGUUCCUUUUGAUGAUGUUACAGCUGCCCAUCAUUGCGGUGCAGAGGUCCCCUUUUGUCCGUCGGCUGAGGACCUGGAAUAACAUUUUCUUCUGGUUCUCUAUGAUAUUGGGCCUUUCUAUGAUGUGCGCACUAAAUGAAGGUCAUUCUUCUAGCACCGGUUAUACAGAAAUUAAAGAGCAGGAGGGGUAA